CCCAUCAUUUACAAACAAAGCAUUUGUGUUUAGUGAGUCCGCCAGAUCAGAUGCAGUAGGGAUGUGUGAAUUUAACAAUUUUCCUGUCCUGCUAAUCAUUCAAAAUGUAACGAGUACUUUUGGGUGUCAGGGAAAAGGUAUGGAGGAGAAAGUACAUUAUUUUCUUUGGGAAUGUAGUGGAGUAAAAGUAGAAGUUGUCAAAAAUAUAAAAAGUAAAGUACAGAUACCACAACAAACUACUUACGUAGUACUUAAAAUAUUUGUACUUAAGUACUUUACACCACUGAUUGCAGGGAAUACUGACUGAAGAUGUUCCUCCCUACGAGGCCCAUGAGACUGUGUAUGGAUGUGAUUUGAAUAGGACUGUGACUGAAGAUAUUCCUCCCUAUGAGGCCCAUGAGACUGUGUAGGGAUGUGAUUUGAAUAGGACUGUGACUGAAGAUGUUCCUCCCUACGAGGCCCAUGAGACUGUGUAGGGAUGUGAUUUGAAUAGGACUGUGACUGAAGAUGUUCCUCCCAACGAGGCCCAUGAGACUGUGUAGAGAUGUGAAUUGAAUAGGACUGUGACUGAAGAUGUUCCUCCCCUACGAGGCCCAUGAGACUGUGUAGGGAUGUGAAUUGAAUAGGACUGUGACUGAAGAUGUUCCUCCCUACGAGGCCCAUGAGACUGUGUAGGGAUGUGAAUUGAAUAGGACUGUGAAUGAAGGAGUGGGAUGUUUUUAUUGAUCUAUUUUUGAAUGUUGUUUUGAUGUCGUUGUUCCCCCUCCCCUUAUCCAUAAUUGGACGUGUAUCUUUUUCUACAGUUUACUAACCGUACAGUAGGUGGCGGCAGACACGUUAUAUUUGUGUAAAUGUCAGUGUACCAGAGAAGAAGAUGACGCUGUUGCAAUGUCGUAUUGGGGAACAGGAAGUUCCGGGUAGAAAACGACAGAACUGUGUUUUGUCGAUAGUGGUUGUGUCCGUUUCAACUGUAUUAUUGUAGGCCGACUCAGAUUAAGUCUGAGGCCGGGAACAUCAACAGUGAGCACAAACCCAGCCUGCCUCUCUCCUUCCACACUGAGUAGAAACCUACAGUCACUGGGUCCUGAUUGUGACAGUGGAGCCCAGUUUGCACCGCAGGAUCCAGAGAUGGCAUCAGUGAAGCUGGAGAACUGCAGUCAAACACUGGAGCUGAAUGUCAACAUUAAAGUUGAAGAAGAGGACGAGAAGAUUAGGACAACUGUUAGUCAUGGAUACCAUGUUGAGACAUUCUCUACAUCCAGAGAGCAACAGCAGGAAGAUCAGAGAGCUAAGAGGUCUCAUCACUGCCCACACUGUGAAGAGAUUUUCCCAUUUCUAUCAAAGCUAAAAAUACACCUAAAAAUACACACAGGAGUGAAGCCUUACUCCUGCUCUGACUGUGGAAAAUGCUUCAAAACAUCAAAUGAGCUAAAAGUUCAUCAGAGAACACACACAGGAGAGAAGCCUUUCUUCUGCCCUGACUGUGGAACUAGUUUCUCUCAUCUUUCCCACUUAAAAUCACAUGAACGUAUACAUAAAGGGGAGAAGCCACACUCCUGCUCUGACUGUGGAAAAUGUUUUAAAACAUUAUAUGAGCUAAAAGUUCAUCAGAGAACACACACAGGAGAGAAGCCUUAUUACUGCUCUGACUGUGGAAAAUGUUUUAAAACAUACUCUCAGCUAAAAGUUCAUCAGAGAACACACACAGGAGAGAAGCCUUUCUUCUGCUCUGACUGUGGAACUAGUUUCUCUCAACUUUCCAACUUAAAAUCACAUGAACGUAUACAUUCAGGGGAGAAGCCAUACUCCUGCUCUGACUGUGGGAAAUGUUUUAAAACAUUAUAUGAGCUAAAAGUUCAUCAGAGAACACACACAGGAGAGAAGCCUUUCUUCUGCUCUGACUGUGGGGCGAGUUUCUCUCAUCUGGGCACCUUAAAAACACACCAACUUAUACACACCGGAGAGAAGCCUUACGUCUGCUCUGACUGUGGAAAACGCUUCAAAACAUCAACUGAGCUAAAAGUUCAUCAGAAGACUCACACAGGAGAGAAGCCUUACGUCUGCUCUGACUGUGGAAAAUGCUUCAAAACAUCAACUGAGCUAAAAAUUCAUCAGAGAAAACACACAGGAGAGAAGCCAUAUUACUGCUCUGACUGUGGAACUAGUUUCUCAAAAUUUUCCCACUUAAAAACACAUGAACGUAUACAUACAGGAGAGAAGCCUUUCUUCUGCUCUGACUGUGGGGCGAGUUUCUCUCGUCUGGGCACCUUAAAAACACACCAACGUAUACACACAGGAGCAAAGCCAUAUUCCUGCUCUGACUGUGGAAAAUGUUUUAAAAAAUCAAAUGAACUAAAAGUUCAUCAGAGAACACACACAGGAGAGAAGCCUUUCUUCUGCCUUGACUGUGGAACUAGUUUCUCUCAACUUUCCCACUUAAAGUCACAUGAACGUAUACAUACAGGGGAGAAGCCAUUUUCCUGCUCUGACUGUGGAAAAUGCUUCACAACAUCAACUCAUCUAAAAGUUCAUCAGAGAACACACACAGGAGAGAAGCCUUAUUACUGCUCUGACUGUGGAAAAUGUUUUAAAACAUCAAAUGAGCUAAAAGUUCAUCAGAGAACACAUACAGGAGAGAAGCCGUAUUACUGCUCUGACUGUGGAACUAGUUUCUCAAAAUGUUCCCACUUAAAAACACAUGAACGUAUACAUACAGGAGAGAAGCCAUACUCCUGCUCUGACUGUGGGGCGAGUUUCUCUCGUCUGGGCACCUUAAAAACACACCAACGUAUACACACAGGAGAGAAGCCUUACAUCUGCUCUGACUGUGGAAAACGUUUUAAAACAUCAACUCAGCUAAAAGUUCAUCAGAGAACAGGAGAGAAGCCUUUCUUCUGCCCUGACUGUGGAACUAGUUUCUCUCAACUUUUCAACUUAAAAUCACAUGAACGUAUACAUACAGGGGAGAAGCCAUACUCCUGCUCUGACUGUGGAAAAUGUUUUAAAACAUCAAAUGAGCUAAAAGUUCACCAGAGAACACAUACAGGAGAAAAGCCCUUCCUCCUGUUCUGACUGUGGGUGACUUUCUCUCGACUGGAUACCUUAAAAACACCAACAUAUACAUGAAGGAGAGAAGCCAUACUCCUGCUCUGCAUGUGUAAAAUGCUUCAAAACAGCAACUGAGCUAAUAGUUGAUCAGAGAGCACGCGCAUGAGAGAAGCCUGCUUACGUCUUCUCUGACUUUUGGGUGAGUUUCUCUCACCAUAGCAACUAAACACACCAAUGUAUACACACAGGGGAGAAGCCUUACUCCUGCUCUGUGGAGGGGUGCGCAUGUAAGUCAAACAUCUAGCCAAAGGCUGCGUGUUUGAAUCUCAUCAAGGAGGACUUUAACAUUUUAGCUAUUUAGGAACUUUGCAACUUCUUACUACUUUUUAGCUAUGUCAGCAUGUUAGCUUAGCAUGCAACUACUUAGCAUGCUAGCUAAUCUUUCCCCUAAACCCAUUUAACUCUACCUUAAACCCCUAACCUAGCUAACGUUAGCAAUAACAAAUUGGAAUUAGUAACAUAUACAUAUUACAAGUUCGUAACAUAUUGUAUGAAUAGCAAUGCGUAAUAUAACAUACGAAUUGUAAUUCAUAACAUACGAUACGUCCUACAAGUCGUAUUAUACUGAACAACAAUCUAAACGCAACAAUUUCAAAGAUGUACCAUUUUACUUACUUUAUUUUAAAUACUACUCGGCGCCCCCCCCCCCCCCCUCCCAGACAAUCCUGCAGGUGAAGAGGUCCUGGGCUGCCGUGGUUACAUGUGAUCUGCAGUUGUGAGGCCGGUUGGAUGUACUGCCAAAUUCUCUAAAAGGACGUUAGAGGUGACUUAUGGUAAAGAAAUAAAUAUUGAGUUCUCUGGCAACAGCUCUGGUGGACAUUCCUGCAGUCAUCAUGAGAAUUGCACAUUCCCUAAACUUGACAUCUGUGACAUUGUGUUGUGUGGCCUUUUAUUGUCCCCCAGCACAAGAUUAUCUUGACAAAGGCUGAAAUGCUCACUAACAGGGAUAUAAACAAAUGUGUUAACAACAUUUGAGAGAAAUAACCUUUUUGUGCAAAUGGAACAUUUCUGGAAUUUUUUACUUCAGUUCAUGAAACCAACACUUUACAUGUUUUCGUUUAAAUUUUUGUUCAGCUUAUAUUGGUAUGCCAAUGUAAUGUAACAUACUAAAUGGAAUGGCACGGAUAUUUUUGUAACAUAUAAUACAUUUUGCUCUGAGACCAGGUUGUCCCUCUGCAGUAUUCUGUGGAAAUGAGUUAGUAGACACUUCUUUUUUACCUUUAUCUAACUAGGCAAGUCAGUUAAGAACAAAUUCUUAUUUACAAUGAUGGCCUAGGAACAGUGGGUUAACUGCCUUCUUCAGAGGCAGAACAACAGAGUUUUACCUUGUCAGCUCGGGGAUUUGAUCUAGAAACCUUUUGGUUACUGGCCCAAUGCUCUAACCACUAGGCUGCCUUCCGCCCCUAACAUGUAUCAGAUAUAGAUGGUGUGAUGACCACUUUUCACCACUAGUUUGGGGGGAUUGUUUUACAACUUUAUUCAAUGAGACAUAGUUUAUGAAAUGAAUACAUGUGUUUAUUAAUUGUCUUUAAAACUAGAUGAGUUAUUUUAGUUACUGAUCAUGAAUGUAUUUGGAUAACUGCAUUGAAGCAAACUUUAUUGAUCUGCCAAUGAAAAAUAAAGUUACAUGAAUAUGUACUGGUCAACCA